UUGGUCUGGGGUCCUUGUUGGGGUUUUUGUUGGUUGGUUUAAGGCUCUCUUUUCAUUUCAAGUUCAGUACUGUCUCCUCGUCUGUGUCUGCACCUGGAUCCUUCCACUCCCACACACGGUCCAGCCUCUGCAGACCGUGACACCAAGGUGCUCAAGUAACAAGUCCACAUGAAUGCCAGGCCCCAAUGUUUUCUAGUAAAUCUCUGCAUUAUAUUGAAAUAAAUUGUAGACACUUCAGGUCUCAGUGAUUUAAUAGUGCUAUUUAUUGGAGUAUGUUCUCUUGCCUGGAAAUAUAUGAAAAUUAGUGGAUUGUUGUUAUUAGUAUUACUGGUAGAGCAGCAGAGUUAAAAUGCAUCAUUUUCAUGUUACGAUCAUAUAAUUUUACCAAGGAAUUCAAAUGGACUGUGCUCUGAUCUCUGCACAUCAUACUAGUAAGAGAAACACAACAAAUUAUUAUGAGUGCGAAAAUAAUUGAAUUUGAAAUUCAGUUUAAAAAUUUUUAUGCUGUUCUUAAAAAUUCUUUUGGAGUACUUCUGUUACAAUUCCAUUUUGCAUAAUCUGUCAUGAUCCUGGGUCUUUUGACCCAGCGUUUUGUGUUUUCUAUUAUUGUGAUGUAUUUUGGUUCUGGUUUUCUUGCUCUUUGGUUUUUGGUUCUGUUCUUCCUCAGUUUAGUGUUUAGUCAUUUCUGCCUGUGUAUUCCUCUGUGUAAAGUCCAUGUUUCUUAGUCUGUGGCUUUGCAUGUGUGAGUUCCUGUUUUAUUUUGAAGGUCUGUGCCUCUUGUCAGUGUUUCUAGUUUCGCUUCCCCUUGUCUCGUUAUGUCCAACUAAUCCCAGCCGCGUUUCCCUCCUGUUUCCCAUUCCCUGAUUGCCCUGUGUGUAUUUAAGCCCUGUGUUUUCGUGCGUGUUGCUGGUUCAUCUGCGUGAUCUCCCGCCAUCUCAUGUUUUCUCUCGGUGGCUCCCUGCAGCUCUGUUUUUGGUUUCAGGUUUGUUUUGUUAGUUUUUCCAGUUUAGGUUGUAUUCUCGCCUCGCCGUUUCUGUUUGUUUUCACACACCUUAUAAAAUAAAGCUCACUCUCAUCAGAAGUUGCAUCUUGGGUCUAUUCUCCAACUCCACACGUCUGCUAUGCCAGACGUAACAUGAUCACUCUAAAUAUGAACUUGCAGUCAACUUCACAGAGGAUUUUAGGAUCCCAAUAUGAAGUGUAUGAUCAAGCACUGGUUGGCCUGAGUGUGGAGGGCAAGAACAUAUCAGGACUACAUCAGCGUGUCAACAUCACCAUCAACCUUACCAAGAAAAUAAAUGAAACCCAAAACGCCUUAUGCCACUUCUUUAACUUGUCAAGAAAAAAUUUCAGUCAGGAUGGCUGCAUUACCCUAUGGACACGUGGUGAAAAUCAUCUCACCUGUUCCUGUGACCAUCUCACAUACUUUGCUGUGCUCCUGGUCACUGCUUCCCCAUCACCUAAAGACCAGGAGAUUUUAACAUACAUCACUCUGAUUGGCUGCAGUCUGUCUCUUUUUACCCUCGUCAUCACUGUUUUUCUCUUCAUCACAAAUAGAAAAGUCAGAGAAGAUGUUUCUAUGAGGGUUCACAUCAGCCUCGUGAUUGCACUUAUCCUCCUCAACCUACACUUCCUGCCCAAUCAAGCAGCGGCAGCAGUGUCCUCCUCUGGGCUCUGUUUAUACAUGGCUCUUGCCCUUCACUACUCUCUGCUGGCCACUUUCAUCUGGAUGGCCUUGGAGGGAUUCCACCUCUACCUUCUCUUAGUCAAAGUCUUCAACAUCUACAUCAAGAGAUACCUGCUCAAACUCAGUGUGGUGGGAUGGGGUGUUCCUACAGUCAUUGUGUCAGUGGUGGUGAUCAUUGACAGAGGCUUUUAUGGCCAAGUCCCUCUGGACAGCUCCAACAAAACUGCAAUAUGCUAUAUAACCAAUAACUAUAUAAAGAUGGGAACUACAGUGGGACUGUUCAGCUUGGUGUUCCUCUUUAACAUGUUUAUGUUUGGAGCGACAAUCAGACGUGUCUUGAUUCUACGCAAAAGCACAGAGUUUGGGCAGAGUAACCGUGACAAAGCAAAGAAAGAUAUUUGUACCCUGCUGGGAGUCAUGACUCUGCUCGGCAUUACCUGGGGCCUGGUCUUCUUCUCUUUUGGCCAUCUGACCAUUGUUGGCCUCUACCUCUUCUGCAUCCUGAACUCACUUCAAGGUUUCUUCAUCUUCCUGUGGUUUAUGAUGUCAAUGAGAAAAGCUAAAACUUCCGUUACUAAGACAAGCAAUGAAAAUCAUAGCAACAGCACCUAGCUUACACACAACUACCAAUACCAGUGCCCAUAUGUGUCUUGUUGGAAUGUAUAACAUUGAAAAAUUAUUUUUUA